GGGUCCCCGCGCCGGGCGCAGUCCUCCUCGGGCGGGCGCCUCCGCACCUCGGCGCAGGCGGCACGGCCCUUGGGCCGGGAUGGAUCGCCCGGGAAGAGGAAGACAAGCCGGGGCAUCGAGCCCCUGGGCACGCUACCGCGCGUAGUGGGAGCUUGCGCGCAGUAGGCUCUCGCUCUUUUAAUCAAUGGAUAAAGUGGGGAAAAUGUGGAACAACUUCAAGUACAGGUGCCAGAAUCUCUUCAGCCAUGAAGGAGGAAGCCGCAGUGAGGAUGUGGACAUGCAUUCCAACAGAUGUGUGUCUGUCAAAGAGAAAAGCAUCAGUGUGGGGGAGUCCGCUCCCCAGCAGCAGAGCAGCCCGUUAAGAGAAAAUGUUGCCUUACAGCUGGGACUGAGCCCCUCGAAGACCUUCUCAAGGCGAAACCAAAACUGUGCCGCGGAGAUCCCUCAGGUUGUUGAAGUAAGCAUUGAGAAGGACGGGGACCCGUGUGCCACCCCCGGGACGAGGCUUGCACGGAGAGACUCCUACUCUCGGCACGCGCCGUGGGGAGGGAAGAAGAAACAUUCCUGUUCCACAAAGACCCAGAGCUCCUUGGAUACUGAGAAAAGGUUUGGUAGAACUCGAAGCGGCCAGCAGAGGCGAGAGCGGCGCUAUGGCGUCAGCUCCGUGCACGACAUGGACAGUGUUUCCGGCCGGGCAGUCGGGAGCCGCUCUCUGAGGCAGAGGCUUCAGGACACUGUGGGUUUGUGCUUCCCCAUGAGAACUUACAGCAAGCAGUCAAAGCCUCUCUUUUCCAACAAAAGAAAAAUACAUCUUUCUGAAUUAAUGCUAGAGAAAUGCCCUUUUCCUGCCGGCUCGGAUUUAGCACAGAAGUGGCACUUGAUUAAACAGCAUACCGCCCCUGUGAGCCCACACUCGACAUUUUUUGAUACAUUUGAUCCGUCGCUAGUGUCUACAGAAGAUGAAGAAGAUAGGCUUCGCGAGCGGCGACGGCUUAGUAUCGAAGAAGGCGUGGAUCCCCCUCCCAACGCACAGAUACACACAUUUGAAGCUACCGCACAGGUCAAUCCGUUGUAUAAACUGGGACCAAAGUUAGCCCCUGGGAUGACGGAAAUAAGUGGAGACGGUUCUACAGCCCCACAAACGAACUGUGACUCAGAAGAGGAUUCAACCACCCUCUGUCUGCAGUCUCGGAGGCAGAAGCAGCGCCAGGUGUCCGGGGACAGCCACUCGCACGUUAGCCGACAGGGAGCUUGGAAAGUCCACACGCAGAUUGAUUACAUACACUGCCUUGUGCCGGAUCUCCUUCAGAUCACAGGCAAUCCCUGUUACUGGGGCGUGAUGGACCGAUACGAGGCCGAGGCGCUUCUGGAAGGGAAGCCGGAAGGCACGUUCUUGCUCAGGGACUCUGCGCAGGAGGACUACCUCUUCUCGGUGAGCUUCCGCCGCUACAACAGAUCCCUGCACGCCCGAAUCGAGCAGUGGAACCACAACUUCAGCUUCGACGCCCAUGACCCGUGCGUGUUCCACUCCUCCACCGUGACUGGGCUUCUCGAGCACUAUAAAGACCCCAGCUCCUGCAUGUUUUUUGAACCAUUGCUUACGAUAUCACUGAAUAGGACUUUCCCUUUCAGCCUGCAGUAUAUCUGCCGCGCGGUGAUCUGCAGGUGCACUACAUACGAUGGGAUUGACGGGCUCCCUCUGCCCUCCAUGUUACAGGAUUUUUUAAAAGAGUAUCACUAUAAACAAAAAGUUAGGGUUCGCUGGUUAGAACGAGAACCAGUCAAGGCAAAGUAACCGCUGUCCCCAAAGGGCAUAUGCUAGGUCUGCUCUCAUUUGCAUCAGACAGGGCACCCGUAGGAGCCCAGGGUCAGCUGCUAGGAUUCUGCACCCAGAACGUGAGCUUGCUUGUUAGUCUCUGUCCAAUGGGAUCUGCUGUUACUCAGACAAAGGUGCCUAGAAACCACGUGACGAUUUGCAGGUGUUGAGUAGGGCUGCAAAACAGCCAGUUAGUGAGCAGUUUGGUUUUAAAUGGCUGUGCCAACUGAGCGAGGCAACUCCAGGGCAUUCGCUAUGAAGAAUUUUAUUUCUUACUGAAGAAUAGAUUAUUAAUGUUGGAUGGGGAUUUCAACAGUGUGACUAACGUUUGAAAUUAUUUUUUCUAAGAAUUUUUCUAUACCCAUCCAAAGUGGUGAUGUUUAUAGUUACUAUAAAUCAAGCUUUGAAAGUCCAAAACAAGUAAGUAAGUAAAUACAAGACUGCCUCUCUUUUAGAAGGAAAAAAAUGUAAUUUUUUUUUUUUUUUGCCACAGGGCAUUGUGCAGUGUCGGUGUGGUUUGUAGUCAGUCUCCU